ACACUUUGCCCUAUUAGAUGCGUUUUUGUUCUUUGACCAUUGCAUCAGCUCAUUGCAUCUCAAUGAAUCUGCUCAAUUUUAAUUUUAUUGUUUUAGGGUUUUGGGUUCUAUAUAUUUCUAGGAUCCUUUCAUUUGUAGAUGGUUAUCAAUCUCUACUUCGUAGGGUUUAGUGCCGAUUCAUGUCCAUCCUCACUCCAGCUGUUGUUUCGUUUAGCAUUAAUCGGGUUCAGAUGGGUCUGUGUUAAUGGAUCUAUUGUGGGGUUUUAUUUGAAAGGUCAUGAAUUAUCAUUUCUUUUACCAAUUUGAGACGGAAUACUUGCUGUUUAUUUUUUUCCCCUCUCCAAUUCAGUAUUAAAAGUCAUAUAUAUAUUUUUGGUAUUCAGCAUUUUUGUUAUUGGCUCUUCUCUGCCUAUUUUCUCUUAUCUAGCUUUCUUUCCCUUUUCCUAGAUCUAAUAGAAAGGGGGAAAUGAGGAAGAGAAUUUGCAAAAUUCAUCUAAAUUCAAUCAAUUAAAGCUCUAAUACCAACUCAAUCUCAGUGAAUUUUUUUAAUUUUCCAUUUCCUUUUUCUUUCUUUCUUUCCAGGAUUAAAUGCUUUGGACGAUUAGGUUUUUCUUGUUUCGUUUUUUUCCUUCUACCUUCUUUGAUUCCUCAUUCAUCAAUUCGAGCAACACAAGAAAUAGUCGUCUUUCCACGAGAUGGGUGUCAAAUUUGAUGUAGAAGUAACAUGUCAAGUUAACUGCUUCUCCUGUUAGCAGAUAAGUUUCGUAGCUUCCCAGUUUCCUUCUGACACAUGGGUAGUUUUUUAAAUUCUUGUCGUCCACCUUGUCCAGUGUUCCUAUUUGCUAUGACACGCAUCCUUAUAUUCUCCUGCCUUAAGCGCAUCGCAGGUUCAAUGCAUUUUCCAUAAUGGUUAAUCAAGCUUGCAGUUAAUUUGGCCCAAUGUAACUGCAGUUAUUUUGGAUGAUAAGACUUGGGGCGUGAAGCAGACCCCACAGUCAUGGGAGAUCGAACAGAAGUUGAAGAACGGGUGGAUCUCGAUGAGGACAACUACAUGGAAGAAAUGGAUGACGAUGUUGAAGAUCAACUAGAUGAUGAGGAUGAUGGUGGAGAUGAUGAGGAUAAUGAAGAUGUAAAUAUUGAAGAAAAUGCUGAAGAGGACUAUGAAGACUCAAAAAAUGGGGCUAAUCAAAAAGAUCAGUCACCAGAAGUGGAUAGAAGCCUUGUCAAUAGAGAGCCUCUGGAAGAUGAAGAAAAGCCUGCUGCUUCUGUCAAUGAAGAGGAAAAAGAGAAGCAUGCUCAACUUCUUGCUCUUCCGCCCCAUGGUUCAGAAGUUUUCAUUGGUGGGCUUCCAAAGGAUGCAUUAGAAGAUGAUUUGAGGGAUCUCUGUGAACCAAUAGGCGAAAUUUUUGAGAUAAGGUUAAUGAAAGACAAGGACUCUGGUGAAAGCAAGGGCUUUGCUUUUGUUGCUUUCAAAUCAAAGGAGGUUGCUCAAAAGGCCAUUGAAGAGCUUCAUAGUAAGGAGUUCAAGGGGAAAACCUUAAGAUGUUCGCUUUCUGAAACCAAGAACAGACUGUUUAUUGGUAAUAUUCCAAAGAGCUUGACAGAGGAUGAGUUUAGAAAAGUCAUUGAGGAUGUUGGUCCUGGGGUGGAAGUCAUUGAGCUAAUAAAGGAUCCUCAAAAUCCAGCCCGUAAUCGUGGUUUUGCUUUUAUAUUGUAUUACAAUAAUGCAUGUGCUGAUUAUUCAAGGCAGAAAAUGUCGAAUGCGAGUUUUAAGCUGGAUGGAAAUACCCCAACUGUCAGCUGGGCUGAUCCAAAGGGCACACCUGAUCAUUCUGCUGCUGCUGCCCAGGUUAAGGCUUUGUAUGUGAAGAACAUACCUGAGAACACUAGUACUGAGAAACUGAAGGAAUUGUUCCAGCGCCAUGGGGAAGUGACGAGAGUUGUUACGCCACCUGGCAAAGCGGGAAAACGAGAUUUUGGGUUCAUUCAUUAUGCUGAAAGGUCGAGUGCAUUGAAGGCUGUCAAAGACAGUGAGAAAUAUGAAAUUGAUGGCCAAGUGUUGGAAGUUGUCCUUGCCAAGCCUCAGGCUGAUAAAAAACCUGAUGGGCUUUAUCCUUACACGGCUGGGAUCCAUCCGAACCAGGUGACACAUUCUUCUUAUGGUGGGUUUGCUGGAAGUCCAUAUGGCUCGUUAAGUGCAAGUGCUGGUUCUGGAUUUGGUGUCACUGCCAGUUUUCAGCAGCCAGUUAUAUAUGGAAGGGGUCCAAUGCCAGCGGGAAUGCAUAUGGUGCCAAUGGUUCUACCAGAUGGUCGAAUUGGCUAUGUUCUUCAGCAGCCUGGAGCACAGAUGUCACAACCUCGGCCUAGGAGAGUUGAUCGGAGCAAUGGUCCAAGUGGGCCUGGGCGAACUGGAAGCAGCGGGGAUGAUGGCCAUCGUAGCAGAAGGUAUCGUCCCUAUUAGUGUUAGAGUUGGGUAUUUUUGUCAGGGAAUCAAGAAAUUGUAGCUGGAGGACUUGUUGCCAUGAACAAAAUAACGGGGUCCUCGCUCCCUUUCUUCUCUACCACCCCAUAACUGUCAAACUUUAGAAAGGGAAAAGAACGAGAAAAGGAAGAAAAGAGGUUGUUAGGAUUAGGGAAAUGAAGUAAUUUGCGACUUGGAUGUGGUAGGAUAUUGACAAUUAGUAGUUAUCUCAUAUUAAUGGGUUUUAUUUUAUGGCA